GCCCCGAGGGCGUACGUGGAAAGUGGUUUCGUACCGUCCAGGGUUGUCUUCCGCGUCUUUGCUGCUUCCUCUUCGGUCUCUGGGUGGAGCAGCCUAUACCCCCCGCUCAGGGGCUCAGUUUGGACUCUUCUGCGAAGUAGAAUAGAACGGGCGGCGCGUGGGUUUUGUCCGGUCCCCAAGCGCUGCCUCAAGCUGGAGAUGCUGCACUUGUGAGUGGCAUGGGUUCUUUUGAGUUUCCGCACGUCGAGAGUUGCGGAGCCUGCAUUUCAGAAGCUGCGUGGGUCCUUGGAAACCUCUCUGUUCUCUCACUCUCACUGUUAAUCACUCCCAAAGCAACUUGGAUUCCAGGGUCUUCGUCUCCAUUGGGUGUGGAGUCAUUCUUCACCAAAGGACAUGGAUGAAACUGAAAGCAAUCAGUUCCUGAUGACGAGUAGCCAAUAUCCUAAAGAAGUAGUAAGAAAACGCCAAAAUUCAGCACGGAAUUGUAGAGAAAGUGAUUCUUCUGGAUUUUCCAGGAAAAGCUUCAAACUGGAUUACAGAUUAGAGGAAGAUGUAACUAAAUCAAAGAGAGGAAAAGAUGGGAGAUUUGUUAACCCUUGGCCAACAUGGAAAAAUCUCUCUAUUCCAAAUGUUCUCAGAUGGCUGAUAAUGGAAAAAGAUCACAGCAGUAUUCCUUGUUCCAAAGAGGAACUUGAUAAAGAACUCCCCGUGCUUAAACCAUAUUUUAUUGAUGACCCUGACGAAGCUGGAGUGAGGGAAGCUGGCUUAAGAGUCACAUGGCUAGGACAUGCAACGGUAAUGGUGGAAAUGGAUGAGCUCAUAUUUCUUACGGACCCCAUCUUCAGCCAUCGUGCAUCACCGUUGCAGUGGAUGGGUCCAAAGCGCUUUCGUCACCCUCCAUGCGCAAUAAGUGACCUUCCCCCGAUAGACGCAGUCCUUAUCAGUCACAACCACUAUGACCACCUGGACUACAAUUCUGUCAUUGCUCUGAAUGAACGAUUUGGUAAUGAGUUGAGGUGGUUUGUGCCUUUGGGUCUCCUUGACUGGAUGCAAAAAUGUGGCUGUGAGGAUGUGAUUGAGCUGGACUGGUGGGAGGAGAAUUGUGUCCCCAGGCAUGAUAAUGUCACUUUUGUGUUUACACCUUCCCAGCACUGGUGUAAGAGGACUCUAACGGAUGAUAAUAAUGUUCUGUGGGGCAGCUGGUCUAUCUUGGGGCCUUGGAAUAGAUUCUUUUUUGCAGGAGAUACUGGUUAUUGCACUGCUUUUGAAGAGAUAGGAAAAAGAUUUGGACCUUUUGACCUUGCAGCUAUUCCCAUUGGAGCUUAUGAACCAAGGUGGUUUAUGAAAUACCAGCAUGUAGACCCAGAAGAAGCUGUAAGGAUCCACAUUGAUGUUCAAACAAAGAAAUCGGUGGCAAUUCACUGGGGAACUUUUGCCUUAGCAAAUGAGCAUUACUUAGAGCCUCGAGUGAAACUGUGUGAAGCUCUAGAAAGAUAUGGACUUAACACUGAAGAUUUUUUUGUCUUGAAUCAUGGAGAAUCAAGAUACCUGAACACUGACAGUGAAAACGUCAAAUAAAUAAGGGUACAAGGGCUUUUAGUGGAAAAGGUCUCAUCUGAUUUGAAUUUGAGAAACAAAUGAAAAGACUAAGAAAUUCAUCAGCAUUAUGAUUUUUUACAUUUGGAAACAACUUCUGCAAGAUUGUGUUUCGUGUCUUGUAUAAUAACUUGCUUACUUAAAUAUGAUUACCAGUUUAUAUAAAUAAAUAAGGUGAGUGGAUCAUUUAAAUAAUGAAUUAGCUAAUGUGGAUUUUAAAUCUAUCAAUGAUAUAAGCAUCGCAAUAGAAAUUUCUUUACUAAAGCAUUCUGCUUUAGUUGUAGAAUUUUCUGAGGUUAUGAAAAAACUGAUAUUAAAGACUCAUUCAUAUUCUGUUCUUCAGGGCACUGUACAAAGUGAGUUAAGACCAUCUACCUAGGUUUUUUUCAGAGGCCUGCACAUUAAUAUAAACAUGUUUCUUAUAUUCACAUUAUAGUAAUUGAUGAAAUCUACUCCCACAUGCUUAUAGACACGGCAGUUCUUGCUGUAUCAAUAUUAGUAUAUAUGCCAAAUGUUAAGUCAUUUUUUUAAAGCAUAAAAACAUAGGGACAUAGGGGUUUGGGCUAAGUUACUAUUUUUUAGAGACUUGACUUUUUUAAAAGAGGGGGCAGUAUAUUCUAGUGCACGACUACAACCUCCAAGUCAAAAGCCCUGAGUUGGCCAGAGGAAGGGAAAGAGUGUGGUUCUAAGAACAUCAUUUAAGACUUUUUUUUAAUCUGAAAGAUCUGCUAAGCACAAAUAUUAGCUACAAGGAAAUACUUUACAAAGAUAAAUGCAGGUUUUAAAUAUUAAUAGAUCAUACACUUUAUAUUUUAUUCUAUUUUCUCUACUUACACUCCUUUUUUAUUUCUUGGGUCUAUCAAUAAGAUACAUUUUAUAAAUAUUGUUUUACA